GCCCCGGGGGUCGAGGCUGCGCUGGGCCCGUCUGGCUGGCCGAGGGAGACGCCGACCAAACACAGCGACAGAAAAGCAGAAACCCAGUCGUCCUUAAUUCUGCCAUUCGGGCCGAACGAUUAUUGAAUAAUAAAAUACAUUUUUAAAAAAUGGAUGAAGAACCUGAAAGAACCAAGCGAUGGGAAGGAGGCUAUGAAAGAACAUGGGAGAUUCUUAAAGAAGAUGAAUCUGGAUCACUUAAAGCUACAAUAGAAGACAUUCUGUUCAAGGCAAAAAGAAAAAGAGUAUUUGAGCACCAUGGACAAGUUCGACUUGGAAUGAUGCGACACCUUUAUAUGGUAGUAGAUGGAUCGAGAACAAUGGAAGACCAAGACUUAAAGCCUAACAGACUGACGUGUACUUUAAAGUUGUUGGAAUACUUCGUAGAGGAAUAUUUUGAUCAAAAUCCUAUUAGUCAGAUUGGAAUAAUUGUAACUAAGAGUAAAAGAGCUGAAAAGCUGACUGAACUCUCAGGAAACCCAAGAAAACAUAUAAUGUCUUUGAAGAAAGCUGUAGACAUGACCUGCCAUGGAGAACCAUCUCUUUAUAAUUCCUUAAGCAUGGCUAUGCAAACUCUAAAACACAUGCCUGGACAUACAAGUAGAGAAGUUCUAAUCAUCUUUAGCAGCCUUACAACCUGUGAUCCAUCUAAUAUUUAUGAUCUAAUCAAGACUCUAAAGGCAGCUAAAGUUAGGGUGUCUGUCAUUGGGUUAUCUGCAGAGGUUCGGGUUUGCACCGUACUUGCUCGUGAAACGGGUGGCACAUACCAUGUUAUUUUGGAUGAAAGCCAUUACAAAGAAUUGCUAACACAUCAUGUUAGUCCUCCUCCUGCGACCUCAAGUUCUGAAUGCUCACUUAUUCGUAUGGGAUUUCCUCAGCACACCAUUUCUUCUUUGUCUGAUCAAGAUGCUAAACCCUCUUUCAGCAUGGCGCAUUUGGAUAGCAACAGCGAGCCAGGGCUCACAUUAGGAGGCUAUUUUUGCCCACAGUGUCGGGCAAAGUACUGUGAGCUGCCAGUUGAAUGUAAAAUCUGUGGUCUUACUUUGGUGUCUGCUCCCCAUUUGGCCCGGUCUUAUCAUCAUUUAUUUCCUUUGGAUCCAUUCCAAGAAAUUCCCUUAGAAGAAUAUAAUGGAGAAAGGUUUAUGUUUGCGCUGUGUGCCAAAAUGUUUUCUGUGUGGACUGUGAUGUUUUUGUUCACGACUCUCUACACUGUUGCCCUGGCUGUAUUCAUAAGAUUCCAGGCCCUUCAGGUAUUUGAUUACAGCACGCACUACACAUUGUAUGUGUUAAAAAGAAAUUUGUAACUGUAAAUAUUUAAAGUGAUUCUUUAGAAGAAGCCCCAUUUAAAACUUGAAGAACAAUUGAAAGGAAAAUUUGCUUUAAGAAACUUUUUGCUAAGAAAAUAUUUAUUAGAUUUUUAAUUUGUGUCCCAUCACACAAUUGCCUGAACUUUAGUAGUACUUCAUUCAAUUAAUUUUGUUUUGUAUUAUUUUGAGUUAUAAGAUGCUCAGUCAUUAUGCAAUACUGUAUGUAAAGUACUUAUGAUUAAAUGGAUGUGUAAUUUUGUUUUAUAAUUAAAGUAAAUACAGAAUCUUUA